AUGUCAAAGCCUAUUGUUACUGAGAAUGUGGAGAAAGAGGAUGUUGAGAACCUCAAGAAGAAGAGGACCUUCCGAAAAUACACAUACAGGGGAGUUCCUAUGGAGGAGCUUGAAAGAAUGCCUUUCAGUGAGGUUGCAAAGCUCUUUCCAUCGAAACUUCGUAGAAAGGUUAGGAGAGGGCUUUCUUCACGCGAGGUGCAGCUGAUCAAGGAUUGUAUUGCAGCAAAGGCAGCUUGCAACACCAAUACCGAAAAGCCUGAGAUGGUACGUACUCAAGCAAGAUCGGCCAUCAUAUGGCCGGCGAUGAUUGGUGCACUGGUUGGAGUUCAUGUUGGAAACGGAUACCUGCCUGUUGAGAUAAAGCCGGAGAUGGUUGGGUUUAAGUUAUCUGAGUUUGCGCCGACCAGAGUCAUUCCAAAGCAUGGCAGGCCCGGUAUAGGAGCAAGUUCUUCUUCAAAGUUUGUUCCGUUGAAAUAA